AAGCCAGAACCCAUGGUGGUCACUAGUCGAGUCUGCAACAUGAUCGUCCCGCUCGACGCCGACUGGAUCACAAUUGGCAUUUACCACGACUAUGAUGCGAGGCACAAACCGCUGAUGAGAGCUGGAGGCCCAGUAGUGAGUCUUCAGACGGGAAAUUGGGUCGGAGUGAUGUCCAGCGGCAAGAAAUGCAAAAUGGUCACUCAACGGCUCGCCCUGUGACGCCGAACUCGCCCGUUUGGGCAGAAGUUGACGCUGCCAUGCUGAAAUAUCGCGAGAAUCCGUAAAGCUGCCAUUCCAGGUGAUCACAGUGUUCUAAAAGUCGGGUAACUUCCUUCAAUUCAGUUUUUUUAGCUUGAG